AUGUCGAAUAAUCUGCAAGAGUGGGAGGGACAGAUCGUGCCCAGGUCCUUCUCGGUGGGAUACGCCGUGCUAUCAUACGUGGUCAGCUAUGUCGGGGCAUGGACAACACUGGAGCUCAUAAAUCGAAGGACCUCGGGGAGGGGGCUGUACAAUUGGUAUAUUCUCAUCGGCUCAUCGGUAUCGAUGGGAGGCAUUGCUAUUUGGUGCAUGCAUUAUGUCGGAAACCGUGCGGUUGAACUAGGGAAUGGCCAGUUUGAGAUACACAUCGUAUACAGCCCUGGGUUUACUGCCUUGUCCUUCUUCGUCCCGACCACAGUGCUCCUUGUCGCUUUUAUCGCCCUGGGGUCGAACGACCGCAUCAGCAUCGUUCGUGUCGUGGUAGGGGGGACGCUGGCUGGACUCGCGAUCUGCGGCAUGCAUUAUCUUGGCCAGGCCGGUAUCUCGAACUAUAGUUGCGUUUAUAGCAUCGGACAUGUGGUGGGAUCUAUCAUCGUCGCCGUUGCUGCCACCAUCGCGGCGCUGACUGUCUUUUUCGUCCUCCGGGCCGCCUGGACGAAUUCCUGGUGGAAGAGGGCGCUUUGUGCCAUCGUCCUCGCUGGUGCUGUGUUUGGCAUGCAUUGGACGGCAGCUGUAGGCACGCAAUAUCGCCUGAAGCAGGGAGCCACUUCUUCGCCCGCAUCCAGCAUUUCAAGAGACUUGACUGUUAUCGUGAUCGUUUUGUCUAUUGUGGCCUGCUUUAUCCUCUUCGUCUUCGCCAUACUUGCUCAGAGGAGAAGGUCACGUUCUGCCAACAGAGCUCAGCAUGUUGUCCUGGCUUCUGCCAUCUUUGAUGCGAAUGGGAGGAUUCUGGUAACUCCAGAAGGCACCCUACCGAAUCAGAAGGUUACGACCUCAUAUGUUGAACGGUCCCUUGACGAGGAGUUUGGAGUUACUCAUCCCGUUUUCCACUGGAUUUUUCGAACUACGCGCAAUUGGAGCAGCAUCUCCGGCCUUCUACCCGGCAUGCGCAGCCAUCUUCGUGACACCGCCGUAUACGGAGGAUCCCGGCCGGGGACUAAAACUCGACCCAGCCUGAGCAAUGAUGAAGGCGAGAACGCCGACGACUAUGCGGUUAUCUUCCGUGAGCUGUUCUGUAUUGCAGCAGCUGAUCUAGCGGGGCAGCUGAAUGAACCGUUGGAGAACGUAGGUGUCCUCUUCGACGAGGUUCUAGGGACUGGCCAGAAGCCAUCGUCAAAGCUCAACGACCGAUCGAACUCGAGGGAAAGCACCGAUCUUGAAAGCGAUGGUGCAUCGGUAUCCACCCUCAGCCGAGGCCAGCUCCUUUUUCUCGUUCGCCGCGUAAAUAGGAGGGAGGCCGAUCAGCUCGCAGCCUCCGGCUAUCGCUUCGCCGAAAUUCAAAACGUUGCCCAUAUCAUCGCCCGAAAUAUGCAAAUCAAGUGCAACGAUCUCCACGGCCGCCUUUUCAGCAUGUAUGAAUACGCUAGUGAGACGCACAUCCUGAACCCGGGUGUUCACUUGGCCUGUUUCGCUAUCCGGGCAAGCGUCCAGGGCGGCUUCGACGUCCUUGUCCGCAGGGAUGCCAGAAACCAACUUCCCACCAUGCAGCUACCAAUAGACAACCUGAGUAGCUGGCAGAUCACUUUCCUGUCUCAGCUAGACGGCGCUUCAGUUACCGCAUGCCUGAAGUUCCUGAAGGAUAAUUCGGCGAGCUCUGAUAACGCGACGAGGGAACAGAAUUUUGCGGCGCAGCUGUAUAAGGCGGUUGUAGAGUUGAAAGAAGAGAUUAAUGACCCGUUCUUUGCCGAUGCUCUCCUCAUCGGAACACCAGUCUCAGCACCGUGUUAUACAUCAGACGGGGGCGCGAAGCCGGCUCAGGCAAUGCUCAUAACAUUCCGAGUAAUUGUGCCAGUCCAAUUCCGUGCCCAAAGUGUUAAACUUGGGUUCACCCCCCUUGGUUUCUUUAGAACGCAACAGUAUGUGUAUGGAAACAGCCCGGACCAUGCAAGUUUUGCACGAAAGAUCCACAAGGAGUUUGGACCGAUUUUGAAUAAGAAGAACUUAAAUACAAAUGGAGAUGGGAAAAGUUUAAAGAGCCCAACGUCUCUCGGAAAGUUUCCGAGAAGGCUAAAGAAGAAUACGUCGGGGCCAUCGGAUGUUUCGAUGCCGACGGCGGCACCCAGAGCUCAUACUAGGAGCUCGAGUCGGAGAUUCUGGAAAAGGCAGUCUGGUGGGGAAUCUAGGAAUCUCCCAAAGGCCAGUUUAGACAAUACAUCUGAAAUACAGUUGGUAGAGACGCAGGCGUUUGGGGGAAUUAUGGUCAGUCAGGAAGUUAGCGUUGACGUCAAAGACGUUGAGGAACGGAGUCCUGACCGAGGGGAACGUGACGGGAAAGAUGCUGAGCCGCAGGUCAUACAUUUGGGGACAACUGGUGAGGCGACGAGGGACUUGGAUGACUCUGAGACCUAUGUUGAUAGAUUAUUAUCUGUUUGUAUUGCGGCAAGGCGAUGA